AUGGCUGCAAGAAAGUUAAAAAACAUGGGAUUCCCUUGUACCUUUAAUAUCUCUAGUGUUGGUAGAAGUGGUGGCCUUGCCCUUGCUUGGAAUAAGGAAAUUCAUUUCAACAUUGUUUCAUCCAGUAUGAGGGGUAUCUAUGUUACAUCUACUGACAUCAUUCACUCUAAGACUUGUCAUAUUUAUUUUAUGUAUGGUGAACCUAAUAGUAGUUUGAGACAAGCCUUCUGGGAACAACAAUUCCAGCAAUCUAAUGCUCCCUUAGAUGAACCUGUUUUCUUUAUAGGAGACUUUAAUGCUCUCUUAGGGACCGAAGAUAAAAAUGGUGGCCUAGAAGUUGAUGAUCCUGAUUUUGAAAACCUUAGAAACUUCUGCUAUGUGUUUAACUUGCAUGAUCGUGGUUUUUCUGGACCUAGGUUUACUUGGUCCAAUAUGCAACAAGGUUCCCCUGCUUACAAGCUUAAAGCUAAACUGUUAAGUACUAAGAAAGGUCUAAAAGAUUGGAAUAAUUCCUCCUUUGGUAAUAUUCAAACUAAUAUAUCUAUCAUUAUGAAAGAUUUAGCUGAGCUCCAACUCUCCAACCCUACUGAUAGCACUAAUACUUCUAGACUCAAAACUAGACUUGAGUACCUUUAUAACUUAGAAGAGUUAUAUUGGAAAGAUAAAUCUAGGGAGGUUUGA